AUGAAUAUCCGUCAAGCCACACAUGCUGGCUCCUGGUACAGCAACGAUCCAAAAACACUCAGGACACAAAUUCAGGCAUUGUUACAGAGGGCAGAAAAGUCGGGCAUUAGCUCAGUGAACGGGGCAAGGGUAUUAAUUGGUCCCCAUGCUGGAUAUACGUACUCUGGAGAAAGACUAGGUGAAGCCUUUAAUGUGUGGGAUACAGAAAAUGUCAAGCGGGUUUUCUUGCUCGGGCCUUCACACCAUGUGUACUUUAAAGAUAAGGCAUUGCUUUCCCCAUUUCAAUUUUAUGAAACUCCUUUUGGAGACUUACCUGUUGAUAGAAGCACAAUAGAGGACUUGCUCAAGAAAAGAUUCAAAGUAAAACCUGGCCAACCAGUUUUCAAGUUGAUGUCAGAGGAGAUCGACGAAGAUGAGCAUUCGUUUGAAAUGCACGCUCCAUUCAUUUACCACCAAGGACAAAAGUCCAAACACGGAGUACCCAAGAUUAUACCAAUACUUAUCAGCGGAAUGGAUUCCGAACUUCAAAACGAGUUGGUGGAUGCUUUGUUACCGUAUAUUCAGAAUAAAGAGAAUCACUUUAUUAUCAGUUCGGAUUUUUGCCAUUGGGGAUCAAGGUUCGGAUACACCAAGGUCUUGACGAAUAAGAGUGCAACUUUGCAAAGUUUAGAAACUGAUCUUCAUUCAGCAAGGUUAUCUCUGAAGACCAUUCCCGUUCACGAGUCGAUUGAAUUGUUGGAUCGCAUGGCUCUCCAGAUUGCUUCCAAGGGCUCAGUUACGGAAUGGAAGGAGUAUAUUCGAGUCUCUGGCAAUACAAUCUGCGGGCAAAAGCCAAUAGCAGUCAUAUUACAACUCUUGGAGAGUUAUGGUUCAAAGCAGAGUGGUGAUGUUUUCAAGUGGCUUGGUUAUUCUCAGAGCAACCCAGCCAAAUCUCCGAAAGACAGCAGCGUCUCUUAUGCUGCAGGUUAUGUCGAGCUAUGA